AUCACUCUGCGUCUGUCUCUCCAGUCACAUGUGAGGAAAACAUGGGGAUGCAGUUAGUUAGUGACAUUUAACUCCUGUUUUAUAUAAAUUUACACAACACUGAAAGCGUGUAGCUUUUAACCGACUCUGUAUAAGUAGUAAACUAGAAGUGAGGCAGCCUAAAGUCAGGUUAGAUCGCUUUAUAUUACUACUUUUGGGUUGUUUUUCUAUCUUCUAGCCUGCUAACAGGAUGGACAACACGCAGCAACACUCCAUAGUCCUCCAUGGAGAUGAGGAGAUCAUUGAAGUCAUCGACCUAAACGAGAUGGAGCCUGAUCCAGAUGACUUGGCCGAUGACUUGGAGGACGUCGACUUCGAAGACGCCGGAAUCGCAGACGACGACGAAGGAUGGGAGACCGAUGACGAGAUGGAGGCUGAGCGGGACGACAGCGAGCUCACCUUCUCCAAACACACAGGCUCGGUGUUUUGCGUGAGCUUGGAUCCUGCGACAAACACCAUGGCUGUAACGGGAGGAGAGGAUGAUAAGGCGUACGUUUGGAGGGUGAGCGACGGAGAAGUCCUGCUGGAGUGCACAGGUCACAAAGACUCCGUGACGUGCGCCCUGUUCAGCCAUGACUCCUCCAUGGUGGCUACGGGUGACAUGAGCGGCGUGAUUAAAGUGUGGAAAGUAGAAACCAAAGAGGAGAUCUGGUCCUUCGAGGUGGGAGAUCUGGAGUGGAUGGAGUGGCAUCCCUGCGCUCCGGUGCUGCUGGCGGGAACAGACGACGGCAACGUGUGGAUGUGGAAGAUCCCUUCAGGAGACUGUAAAACCUUCCAGUGUUCUGCAAGCCAGGCCACCAGCGGCAAAAUCCUCCCCGAUGGUAAACGGGCCGUGGUGGGUUAUGAGGAUGGGACGGUCCGCGUGUGGGAUUUGAAGCAGGGAAACGCCAUCCACGUCAUUAAAGGUCAGGAGGGACACAAGGGGGCGCUGACCUGCCUGGCCUGCAACAAGGACAGCUCUCUGGUGCUGACGGGUUCAGAGGACGGCUGGGCCAAACUCAUCAACACCACCACCGGAAAGGUGGUCGGAGCGUUCAUUGUGGAGGGAGGUAAAGCCAAAGGGUCUAAAGACGAGGAAGAAACCAACUCUGUGGAAUCUGUGGGAUUCUGCAACAUCCUGCCUCUCGUGGCCGUGGCGUACCUGGACGGGACUCUGGCCAUAUACGACCUCAAAACACAGGUCCUGAGGCACAGGUGCCAACAUGAGGCGGGCAUCGUUCACCUGCAGUGGGAAGAGUCUUCUUCGGUGGUGUCCACUUGCUGCUUAGACGGAGCGCUGCGCUUAUGGGACGCUCGUUCUGGCGGCUUGGUGUCGGAGUACGGCGGCCACACCGCGGAGAUCCUCAACUUCGCCAUCAACAGGGAAGCGUCUCUCGCAGUAACCGCUUCAGGAGACAACCAGGCGAAAGUCUUCUGCCUCCAAAGACCCGACCGGUAAAGAGAGCAGGAAGAGGAAAUAUUUCAGGAGAAAUAGCAGAUCCGUUUCCCGAUCAGACUUUUUUGUUCUCUAAUGCUUGAGAACACGUUUUCCUUCUCCUCAGGAUUUUAAAAUGUGUGGUCUCAUCAUCUUAUCAGACGUGCUUUAGUAGGAUCGUAGCAUCUUAAAGAUAAUCUUUUCAUACGUAAUUGGCAGAUGUUUAAGAUAAUUCAAGCACACCGUGUGUACAAAAAAAAAAGAGUUUUUGAUCUUGUCUGCACAGAAAAAUCUUUCAAAUGUAAUUGUUUAAAACAAGAUGUUCCUUAUUACUUUCUCAAGUAUGCUCUUGUUCAAGAGUCUGAGACACUAAACAGAGAAAACGAGUCAAAGAGUGAUACAUUAAAGCGUCCUCUGCCUCUGACAUCCCUUUUAAUGUCCUUGUAAAUGUUUUUAGAGCUAAAACAACAAGACAGAAAAGAGGAAUUUUCUUUGGUAUCGUUAUAAGUUGUUCCAUAAUUUGGAGUUUGUUAAGGACUGAAUAAGGCUGAGGUUGUGUGUGUGGUCUUCCAGCUCUCAUUUGUUCAGUAAGGAAUUAUCUCGCCAAGUUUUUUGGAUGUAAAUACAAAAUAAUAAAGAAUAUACUUUCUUCUCCA